GCGCCCGGCUCGGUCCUCCGGCUCUGCCCGUCCUCGCCUUUCUGCUGCUCCCGUCGCCGUGCGGGAUGCUGUCUGUCCGGCACCCUCGUUGCUUCUGACCGCUCGCUCUCCCAUUCAUUUCUCCUCCUCGGACUUCGGGUCUCCCCUCCGAGCAUGCUCGCUGUCUAGUUAGCUCCCCGCUUCUCGGGGUGCGCGGGGUCCCGCAGCCUCCGGUCCCUCGGCUCCUGUCUGCCGCGCCCCUGCCCGGCGCCCCGCGAUCGUCUGCACGUCCCCCCGCUCACUCGGGCCAGUGCGCUCCGGGGCCGCUCUGUCCGCCCCCUGCCCCGCUGCGUUCGAUUUCUCUUCGGAAUCUCCUUGUCAUCAGGGUUCUGUGUACCAGCGAGGACCCCGGGCGUCUACAUUCCCUGUUCUCCAGGUCACUCCCAUUUGUUUGGCACGGUCUUCCCCGGACCACCCCCUUCUCCCGCCACCCCGUCCCGCGCCCCAGCCUUUCUGCAAGACAGUUUCAUGCUUCGGGACGCUGAUUCCCUCCAGGUAACGCCUGGUCCGUCGGCCCUGCACCGGGUCCACGUCAGUUCCCUUUCCUAGCCCCUCGCCAGGGGUAUCUGUGCUCCUACCCACCCCACCCAUCACACCCAAGACUGACUACCUUUCAGGGUGACCGUGGGCUAGCCGUUCUGGGGACCUCUGUGGAUCAGCGUCUCACUUUUUCUCCCCCUUUAAUUCUGAAAACUUAAAAAUUCACCGUGCCGCCCAAACUUUUUGUCGUUUUUCUUUUCUGUGCUUCGUCUUCCAACAUUGAUCACGAACGACUAGACUUAUGUGCCUGGGAUCCAGGACUCCCGGUUUUGAUAACUAACUGCCCUUGAUUUUGUUAAAGAUUUCAAAGCCGGUCCCUUUCCAUCUCCAUACUGUAGUCAUGUCACAAUCGGAAGAAAUUAAUAGGAAGGAUUGUAUUCCGGGGGGAGUGAGGGAUCGAUCGUAUAGUUUGUUAGCAUUUUCACCUAUGAAUGUAGUGCCCCCCCCCCCCCCCCCCAGCUAGUAAAGGGGUCUCAUGUCUUCGAGUCCAGUGAACUGAGUCCCGUGAUCGAUACAACUGUGCGUGCUGCCUCUAAUCCUUACCCACUUUUUUUCUUCACAUGCUGAUAAUGAGGAUUCAUGGGUCUUGAGUCAGAGCACCAGCCUUGGGGACCCUGGACCACUGUCAUGGAGACUGAGAGUGAGCAGAACUCCAACUCCACCAAUGGGAGUUCCAGCUCUGGGGGCAGCUCUCGGCCCCAAAUAGCUCAAAUGUCACUGUAUGAACGGCAAGCAGUGCAGAUUCCAUUUUGGGAAAUAAGCGUUCAUGCUCUGCAGGCACUGCAGCGUCAGCCCAAUGCGGCUCAGUAUUUCCACCAGUUCAUGCUCCAGCAGCAGCUCAGCAAUGCCCAGCUGCAUAGCCUGGCUGCCGUCCAGCAGGCCACCAUUGCUGCCAGUCGGCAAGCCAGCUCCCCAAACACCAGCACCGCGCAGCAGCAGACUGCCACCACCCAGGCCUCAAUCAAUCUGGCCACCACGUCGGCCGCCCAGCUCAUCAGCCGGUCCCAGAGUGUGAGCUCUCCCAGUGCUACCACUUUGACCCAAUCUGUGCUACUGGGGAACACCACCUCCCCACCCCUCAACCAGUCCCAGGCUCAGAUGUAUCUACGGCCACAGCUGGGAAACCUAUUGCAGGUAAACCGGACCCUGGGCCGGAAUGUGCCUCUAGCCUCCCAGCUCAUCCUGAUGCCUAACGGGGCAGUGGCUGCAGUCCAGCAGGAGGUGCCAUCUGCUCAGUCUCCGGGAGUUCAUGCAGAUGCAGAUCAGGUGCAGAACUUGGCAGUGAGGAACCAACAGGCCUCAGCCCAAGGCCCUCAAAUGCAAGGCUCUACUCAGAAGGCCAUUCCUCCUGGAGCAUCCCCUGUCUCUAGCCUCUCCCAGGGUUCCAGCCAGGCCCUAGCUGUGGCUCAGGCUUCCCCUGGGGCCUCAGGCCAGUCCCUCAACCUUAGUCAAGCUGGUGGAGGCAGUGGAAAUAGCAUCCCAGGGUCCAUGGGUCCAGGUGGAAGUGGCCAGGCACCUGGAGGCUUGGGUCAGUUGCCUACCUCAGGAAUGGGGGGUGGUGGGAGCUGUCCCAGGAAGGGCACAGGAGUGGUGCAGCCCUUGCCUGCAGCCCAAACAGUGACUGUGAGUCAGGGCAGCCAGACAGAGGCAGAAAGUGCGGCAGCUAAGAAGGCAGAAGCGGAUGGGACUGGUCAGCAGAACGUGGGCAUGAACCUGACACGGACAGCUACACCUGCUCCCAGCCAGACCCUUAUUAGCUCAGCCACCUACACACAGAUCCAGCCCCAUUCCCUGAUUCAGCAACAGCAACAGAUCCACCUCCAGCAGAAACAAGUGGUGAUCCAACAGCAGAUUGCCAUCCACCACCAGCAACAGUUCCAGCACCGUCAAUCGCAGCUACUCCACACAGCCACACACCUCCAGUUGGCCCAGCAGCAGCAGCAGCAACAGCAGCAGCAGCAGCAGCAGCAAGCCACAACUCUCUCUGCCCCUCAGCCACCACAGGUCCCACCUACUCAGCAGGUCCCACCUUCCCAGUCCCAGCAGCAAGCCCAAACCCUGGUUGUUCAACCCAUGCUUCAGUCUUCACCCUUGUCCCUCCCACCUGACCCAACUCCCAAGCCACCCAUCCCUCUCCAAUCCAAACCACCUAUAGCACCGAUCAAGCCUCCUCAGUUAGGACCUGCUAAGAUGUCAGCUUCCCAGCAACCACCACCCCAUAUCCCUGUGCAAGUUGUGGGCACCCGACAGCCAGGUACAGCCCAGGCACAGGCUUUGGGGUUGGCACAGCUGGCAGCUGCUGUGCCGGCUUCCCGGGGGAUGCCAGGUACAAUGCAGCCUGGUCAGGCCCAUUUGGCCUCUUCGCCACCAUCAUCCCAGGCUCCUGGUGCACUGCAGGAGUGCCCUUCCACAUUGACCUCUGGGAUGACCCUUGCUCCUGUGCAGGGGACAGCACAUGUAGUAAAGGGUGGGGCUACCGCCUCCUCACCUGUUGUAGCCCAGGUCCCUGCUGCCUUCUACAUGCAGUCUGUGCACCUGCCGGGCAAGCCCCAGACAUUGGGUGUGAAACGCAAGGCUGAGUCUGAGGAGGAAAGAGAUGAUGUCUCCACAUUGGGUUCAAUGCUUCCUGCCAAGGCAUCUCCGGUAGCAGAGAGCCCAAAGGCCAUGGAGGAGAAGAGCAGUUUUGGAGAGAAAGUUGAAUCAGUGACCAAUGUGAAUGCUAAUACCCCAAACAGUGAACUAAUAUCCUUGGCUCCUGCCCCAUCAGCACCACCUCCUACACUAGCCAUGGUGUCCAGACAGAUGGGCGACUCAAAACCCCCACAGGCCAUUGUGAAGCCCCAGAUUCUCACCCACAUCAUUGAAGGCUUCGUUAUCCAGGAAGGAGCAGAACCUUUCCCGGUGGGUUGUUCUCAGUUACUGAAAGAGUCUGAGAAGCCUCUACAGACUGGCCUCCUGACAGGGCUGAAUGAGAACCAGUCAUGUGGCCCCUUGGGAGGGGACAGCCCAUCUGCUGAGCUAGAUAAGAAGGCGAAUCUCCUGAAGUGCGAAUACUGUGGGAAGUACGCCCCUGCAGACCAGUUUCGAGGCUCCAAGAGAUUCUGCUCCAUGACUUGUGCCAAGAGGUAUAAUGUGAGCUGUAGCCACCAGUUUCGGCUGAAGAGGAAAAAAAUGAAAGAGUUUCAAGAAGCCAAUUAUGCUCGUGUUCGUCGGCGUGGACCCCGCCGCAGCUCCUCUGACAUCGCCCGUGCCAAGAUCCAGGGCAAGCGACACCGGGGUCAAGAGGACUCUAGCCGGGGUUCAGAUAAUUCCAGUUAUGAUGAAGCACUCUCUCCAACAUCUCCUGGGCCUUUAUCAGUGAGAGUGGGGCAUGGAGAUCGAGACCUGGGGAACCCCAAUACAGCUCCACCUACCCCAGAAUUACACGGCAUCAACCCUGUGUUCCUGUCCAGCAAUCCCAGCCGUUGGAGUGUGGAGGAGGUGUAUGAGUUUAUCGCUUCUCUACAAGGCUGUCAAGAGAUUGCAGAGGAGUUUCGUUCCCAGGAGAUUGAUGGACAGGCCCUUUUAUUACUUAAAGAGGAACAUCUUAUGAGUGCCAUGAACAUCAAGCUGGGCCCAGCCCUUAAGAUCUGCGCCAAGAUCAACGUUCUCAAGGAGACCUAAGGUGGCCUUCUUGCACAAAGCAGCCUAAGGCAGACACUCCCCACUGUCCAGGCUAUAACCUGCCUGGUGCCCGCAGACUUUACAGGGAAUAAAUAACUUUUCCAAUUAAAUAAAUCUGUGGAGGGGAUUUCUAAGACAGGGAAAGAAUGUGCAAGAAUUGGUUGCUGGUGCUACAUGGUGGAGCUUGGACAUUUUCUCUGGGUUCUACUUUAUUUUCUAAAAUCUUUACAGUUCUUACCAUUUUCACCUGCCCUAAUCCAAUCUUUAUAAAAAUGAACUCUAUAGAGAACUAGUACUGCUCAGCCUUUUUCUGGAGUGGGGUAGCCAGGGUCUUAGUUCUCCAAGAAGAUAUAGUAUGGCAAGGCAAGGAAAUGGGUGGAAGGUAGGUGCACCUCCCCAAUGGGAGGAGGAGGGUUCUUCUAGCUUGACACAAGCGGUAAAAUCCAGUACUCCCUCUGGAUUGUCGGAUUGUAGCUACGGCCCAGUUUUGUCAUCAUCCACUCCCUUACUAUUGAACAUUUUCUCCUCCAUCCAUGGCAGGCUCACCAGCUAGUGUAGGCACUUGGCUGGCAUCAUUCUGAUUUGCUGCAGGGACUAAGUGUUUGGCACACGUGUGGCUGUUGUCAUUCUUCCUGUAUCCCCCCUACUCCCUUCCAAUUUAUCUGAUGUCUUCUACCUUUUUAGUUCCAACUCUGCUGUGUCCUAUAGCUUUAUAAAACAGGAGUGUGUGGAGCUGAGGUCAGGAGGAUAAAUGCCUGCCUUAGGCACUAUUCCUUAUACAACAAAAAUAUUCAAUAUUUUUUUUCCUCUUCAGUAAAAGGAUAAAAAUUGGUC